AGCACCUCACACUUCUUCUCUCUUUGACCUGGUGGUGAACCCAGAGGGGACUGACGGAUUAACGGGCAAAACCAUUCAUAUCAAAUGUGGAGUGUGUGCUCUGGUGGACAGCCUGCGUACAUUUAAACAUCACAUGGGAGGCAGAAAGACAGGAAGACAGAGACAAAAAAGUGAGAAGAAGCAAAAGAAGAAGAAAAACAAGAAGAUUUGAAGAUUUGGUAGAAAGAGGAAAUCUAAAGUACAGCUUUCUGGACUGUGGACAGACUGCAAUGAUGAUGGUGAUCAUUCUAAUAAUGUUAAUGAUUGUGAUGAUAAAGACGACAGCAGCCUCGGCACCUGGCUCUGGGAUGGAUGUUAAACCUGGAGUUGGGACCAGCUUGGCCAAACGAACCCUGCACUUCUGCUAUAAACUGGGAUUCGGAGUCACAGAUAUUCCCUCCAACAUCACCAGCAACACCCAGUGCCUGGAAGUUAAGCAGACGCAGAUCAGAGUGAUUCCCAGAGGUGCCCUCAACCGCCUGCAGAACCUCAGGAAACUAACCAUAUCAGAGAACGACAUGCUGGAGAGUAUCAGCGCGUUUGCCUUUGCCAGCCUCCCUCGGCUCACUGAUAUCGUCAUCUCUGAGAAUGUUGCAUUAGAGAGGAUAGGAGCUUUUGCUUUCUCUGAUCUCCCUGAACUCUUUGAAAUAACCAUAACAAAGUCAAAACACCUGAGAUACAUCCAUCCAGAUGCAUUCAAGAACAUCGUGAAACUACAGUAUCUGACCAUCUCCAACACCGGACUGAGAAUUUUUCCUAACUUCAGUAAGAUCCAAUCCACAGCCCACAGCUUUCUGUUAGACCUGCAAGAGAACAGCGACAUAGAGAGAGUCCCCGCCAAUGCGUUCAGAGGCCUCUGCACUCAAACUAUCACAGAGAUACGGCUCACCAGAAAUGGCAUCAAGGAGGUGGAAAGUGACGCUUUCAACGGCACAAGGAUGCACAGAUUGUUCCUAAGAGGCAACCAACAGCUUACUCACAUCAAUCCCAAAGCCUUUGUGGGUUCCAGUGAGUUGGUGGUGCUUGACAUUUCCAACACAGCCCUCAGCUCCUUUCCGGACUACAUCCUCGGUGGACUCCAGAGGCUGAUCGCAGAGUCCGCCUUCCACCUGAAAGAACUUCCUCCUCUGCAGCUCUUCACCAAACUCCACCAGGCCAACCUGACAUACCCGUCACACUGCUGCGCCUUCAAAAACAUACACAGGAACAGAUCGAGGUGGAGCUCCCUGUGCUCCCACCCUAAGGCUCAGGAUAACCUUCACUUCUACAGGGACCACUGCUCCAACUCCACCUCCAUCACCUGCAGCCCAACCCAAGAUGACUUUAACCCCUGUGAGGACAUCAUGUCCGCCGUCCCCCUACGAGUCCUUAUCUGGAUCAUCUCUAUCCUUGCGCUGCUGGGGAACGCAGCGGUACUCCUGGUCUUGUUAGGCAGCCGCUCCAAACUGACUGUUCCACGUUUCCUCAUGUGCCACUUGGCCUUUUCUGACCUCUGCAUGGGCAUCUACCUGGUAGUCAUAGCAACUGUAGACAUGCUCACUCGUGGCCGGUACUACAACCACGCCAUAGACUGGCAGACGGGCCUAGGCUGCAGUGCUGCAGGCUUCUUCACGGUGUUUGCCAGUGAGCUCUCAGUGUUCACAUUAACAGCAAUCACCCUGGAGCGCUGGCACACCAUCACACAUGCUCUGCGGCUUGACCGUAAACUUCGCCUAAGACACGCAUGUAUUAUCAUGACAGCAGGCUGGAUCUUCUCCUCCCUUGCCGCUUUGCUGCCCACUGUCGGAGUCAGCAGCUAUGGCAAGGUGAGUAUCUGCCUGCCCAUGGACGUGGAGUCUCUAGUGUCUCAGGUCUAUGUGGUGUCUCUACUCCUCCUCAACAUUCUGGCCUUCUUCUGCGUGUGCGGCUGUUACCUUAGCAUCUACCUGACUGUCCGCAACCCCUCAUCAGCGCCGGCGCACGCCGACACCCGAGUGGCCAAACGCAUGGCCAUCCUCAUCUUCACUGACUUCAUCUGCAUGGCUCCCAUCUCCUUCUUUGCCAUCUCAGCGGCUCUCAAGCUCCCUCUCAUCACCGUCUCAGACGCCAAACUCCUGCUGGUCCUCUUCUACCCAAUCAACUCCUGCUCCAACCCUUUCCUGUAUGCCUUCUUCACCCGCACCUUCAGACGGGAUUUCUUUCUUCUCGCAGCUCGCUUUGGCCUGUUUAAGACCCGGGCACAGAUUUACCGGCAGAGAGUUCCUCCUGUCAGCAGCCAGCAUGGACCUCUCCAAAGAGCAGCCAUGUGAUGCUGUACUCCUUGGCCAAUACAUUAAGUCUAGAUGGGAAACAUGACUGCUGACUGUCAUUCAAAAACAGAUACAGACUUUUUGCUGGAUUGUCAACAGGAGGGUCAUAUUUCUCUCCCCACCAAAGUCCCAAUUCUCUCUGGCAAAUUAAGAAAUCCCUCUUAGGACUUACGGAGUUAUUGACAGAAUCUAAUGCAUGAACGCUUCUUAAAGUCACAAAAAAUUUAACUUUGCUAAAGAGGUACACUUGUUUUCAUGUGUGCAAGUGCACCACCCCUAUCAGACAGCUAAAUCCUCAAAUUGAUGCCCAAUGUCAUCUUUAUCGAACUUUGUUGGUUUUCAUUUUUCUCUAAUGUUGCUGGCUCUUCAGGCCUGACCUCAGUGCUGCAACAACACAGUGUGCAGUGUCCUUCUGAAACCACGUGACCCAUGGGUAAAUGCUACUGUAUACAGUGUGUCUAGAAAUCCAAGUGAAGAUUAGAACAACUGCAGGUACUUUGACAAAUCUAAGUCAAAUAGCUGUCAUAAAUUAUUCCUUGUGUUUGUUUUAACUUAACAGGAACGCCAGAUAUGUGGCGAUUAAGGCAUCAUAACAAUUAAGAUCACAAGUAAGAAGAGUAGAAAAAGAUAUAAACUGAUUGUUCUUAUGUAGCAAAUGCCAUCCAUCUAGUGUCCCAAGAUAAUGAAACAAACUAAAGUACUUUGAAUCUGUUUUACAGAUAUCAGCAUCUGCACUUCAAGAAAUUAAAUUUCCACAUGUCACGUCAACACCAUGACUGAAUGUAAUUCAUUAAGAAGCACAUCGCAGGGCUAUACUGAUUAAUAAUCUCCUCAAAUACUCUGUCUGCUGUCACUCUCCCUGGCUCCACAUCCCUCAUACCCUUCAGUGUGUACCUAUCUUUGUAAUGUAAUUGUGUUUAUUGUUUGUAAAUAUUUUUAAGUGCCACUUUUUUAUAUAUAUGUGUGUACUACAAAAUAUAUCUUUGUGAUGUUUUUGUGAUGUCAUUUAUAAAGUUGUUUUAUUACAUCC